ACUUUUAUAUUUAUGCAAUUGCACCCAAAGGGGAUAUAAUCCUGUGUGACAAGUUUCAUUUUUCAACAAUUAGAUUUAGCCAUAUCGGACAACCCACAUGGUAGCAUGUACUUGUACUAGCACAAAUUUUUGAAACGUGGCAAAAUCCCACAGGUUGAACCGGUUGGUACUGUGAUCUGUUUUGUAUAGGAAUUGUAAACGACUCCCCUCAACAACACUUUACCAACCAAUAUGAAAGCUUAGACGGCACCUAAGGCAAUUGAUUUAAUAAGUCUCUUGGAUCCAACAGAAACAUGGCCAUUAAGUCAACAACCAAUCAGCUCCCAUUGAAGAAAAAAAUUUUAAACAAAGCCAACAAAAAAAUAAUAAUAAUACACCCAAAGCCAAAGCAAUGGGAAUAAAGGAUAAGGAGAUGGACACAGCAACCUUCCAUGUCCUCUACUUUCCAUCCCUUCCCCUCUAAGCCCACUCCCACUCCCACUUUCCUUCUCUUUCUCUUUCUUCUUUUUUCUUCUUUUAAAUACAAACUUGAAAUAAAACAAACUUGUUUCAAAGAUUAUUGAACAUGAGUUCUUCAGCUAGCACCCCAAAUCCUUGGUCACCCUAUGAUACUUAUAAAGAUUGUUCACAAGGAAUUUGUAGCAUAUAUUGUCCGCAAUGGUGUUAUCUCAUUUUCCCACCACCUCCUCCUUCUGGCAUUGAUGAUGGUGAUGAUUCUGGAGCUGAUUUCUCACCUCUAAUUAUAGCAGUAAUUGGCAUCUUGGCAAGUGCAUUUAUCUUGGUAAGUUACUAUACUAUCAUCUCAAAGUAUUGUAGACGGCGCAGACAGGAUCAGACAAGCUUAGAGUUCAAUGAAAGUAGGGAGGAAAUGAAUCAUGAUGGGUGGCAAGCUGGUUCAGAAGGGUUAGAUGAAGGUCUUAUUAAAUCUAUUACAGUUUGUAAGUAUAAGAAAGAUGAUGGUUUAGUUGAAGGAACAGAUUGUUCUGUUUGUUUGAGUGAGUUUCUUGAAGAUGAGAGUUUGAGAUUAUUGCCGAAGUGUAACCAUGCUUUUCAUGUUCCUUGUAUUGAUUCUUGGUUAAAGUCUCACUCUAGUUGUCCCCUUUGCCGUGCCAAUAUUGCAUCCAUCACCAAUUUUUUGCCUCAUCAAGCCGCGCAGGCGACAACCAUCCAGGAAGCUCCCCGGAAUGUUGGUGCAUCUGCAUUGGAAUAUCAGCAAAGAAAUGAUGUUGUUACAGUGAUCCAAGAUUUGGAAAGUGGUGUUAGAGAUGAGGCUGUGGUUAGCCUUGUUGUUGGUGAUGAUGUUCCAAAAACAGCAGGUGAAGAUGUUGGUGAUAUGGGGAAUGUGCAAGAAAGUUGGAGCAUGACAGAAAUUAGACAGGAUGGGAAUGGAAUCCAACCAUUGAGAAGAUCAUUUUCAAUGAGUUCUUCUUCUUUGUUUCAAGGCCAAGUCCUGUCCGUUGCUGAUAUAUUACGCAUUAAUGAAGAAGAUGAGGAUCUCCAAGUGGAACAUCAUUUGCAAUCAUCAAUGGGUAUUGGAUCCUCAAAACAAGUUGAUGGAGAAUAUUGCAAAUCAAAUUACAGAAGUGGGGUUUUCAAUUUGGUUAGAAGUCCUUUAGCAAUGAAGAGAUCCAUUUCAACAGGAAGAUUUAUGUUCCCCAGGUCUGAAAAAGAGAGAAAUUAUAUGCUCCCCAAUUGAAAAAGUCAAAUUUUCUGUGUAUAACAACCAGGUUUUUAUUUUUUAUUCCUCUGUAACAUAUUAGACUCACACAGUAAAGAUCUCAGAUUUAUAAAUUUGGACUGAUCAGAUCAGAUUCUUAUAUUUGCUUAAUCCAUUCUCCUUUAUGGUAUCCUAUCCUACAAAUU